GAGACGCGGCAAAAAAUCAGGCAGCCAUGAACCCCAAAAACACGAUUUUUGACGCGAAACGAUUAAUAGGUCGUCGAAUUGACGAUCCCGAGGUCAAAGCGGACAUGAAACAUUGGCCGUUUACCGUCAUUGACCAAGAUGGUUCGCCACUGAUCCAAGUUGAUUAUCAAGGUGAAAAAAAGAAUUUUACGCCCCAAGAGAUAUCGGCGAUGGUAUUAACUCGAAUGAAGGAAAUCGCGGAAGGCAAGCUCGGAAAGAAGGUCAAAAAAGCAGUAAUCACGGUGCCCGCCUACUUUAAUGACUCUCAGCGCCUCUCCACAAAGGAUGCCGGCAAAAUUUCAGGCAUGGAAGUUCUUAGGAUCAUAAACGAGCCUACGGCAGCCGCCAUUGCCUAUGGUCUAGAUUCGAAAGAAAGCAAGGAAAAGAAUGUGCUCAUCUUUGAUCUUGGCGGUGGUACCUUUGAUGUUUCCCUAUUGAACAUAUCUGGCGGUGUUUUCGCGGUCAAGGCCACCGCUGGUGACACACAUCUUGGAGGAGAGGACUUUGACAACAAUCUACUUGAAUUCUUCAAGCAAGAGUUCAAACGUAAGCACAAGCUCGACAUCUCUAACGACGCUCGUUCUAUACGUCGCCUCAAAACUGCUUGCGAACGUGCCAAACGUACCUUGUCUUCAUUAACCCAAACGACCGUGGAGGUUGAUUCACUUUUCGAUGGCACUGACUUCCAGGCCACCAUCACUCGCGCAAAAUUCGAGGAAUUAAAUUCAACACAAUUUAACUCAACAUUAGAGCCGGUUCGCAAAGUUCUAAAGGAUGCGAAAAUGGAAAAAAAGGACAUUCACGAAAUUGUUCUUGUUGGCGGAUCCACUCGUAUUCCAAAGAUUCAAUCUCUCCUUCAAGAUUUUUUCGAUGGAAAGGAAUUGAAUAAAUCCAUAAACCCAGAUGAAGCUGUCGCAUACGGGGCGGCGGUUCAGGCAGCGGUUCUCACUAAUCAAGCAGGCAAUGAAAAAACCCAAGACCUGUUGCUCUUAGAUGUUGUGCCACUUAGUUUAGGGGUAGAAACGCAGGGCGGGGUUAUGGCAGUGGUCGUACCUCGAAACACGCCAAUUCCUACGAUCAAAAAGAAGAUAUUCACCACUGCGGAAGACGGUCAGACCAUUGUAGAAUUCCCGGUAUACGAAGGGGAGCGACCCAUGUGUCAUGAUAACAAUCUUCUUGGUUCCUUUGAAUUGUCGGGUAUUCCUCCAAUGCCGCGCGGAGAGGCGGAACUCGAAUGCACCUUUGAUAUCAAUGCGGAUGGCAUUCUUAAA